AUAAUAAUAAUAAUAAUGUGCUAUUCGGGAUAAAAUUAACUCGAAUAUUUCUUUGAUUUUAAAGAACGAAUCCCUUCAAUUCAAUUUUUUAUAACAUUCUGCUGGAUCAUCGAAAGCAACAUGAGUCAGAACUUAAUGUUUUCAAACAAACAUUACUUUUGUUUAUUACAACGUCAUCGUAAAGAUUUAUUUUUGGUGGUUUGCCGGUAGACUUAAAUGUGUAAUAGAGAAGGAAUUUGUGAAUAAGUGUGACAAUGUAAUUCAGCGACACAAAUCAAAGCUUGAUUAAAUCGACAAACCUUGAACUUUUACUUCACAAAAAAAACUUUGAAAUUUUUGUAAAAUGCACUCAUUAUUUUAGGAAUAUUCAUUGAAUGUUAUACAAGUCGGUUAGGCUUUGAUACCAGCUCCUGGAUUUUGUAAUCUUGUACACUUAUUACUUUCAUUCAUAAGCCAUACUAAUUUGAUUUAAGUCAUUUAAGAAUUCCCAAAAAAAGUAAGAUGCUUGAGACGAUUAGUCAUAAUUACUAUUAAUAAGCUGUAAAUGACUACGUACAGCAAAAAUCUCAUUGAAUCUUAAGAUCACUACUGUUGUUAAAAAAGAGCCAAUUCAAUUUAUUUUGACAGUCAUGCAUGCUAUGAGCCACCACUUGUAUCCGAAUUCCUACCAUGACCUUGAGUGUGUUUUAUUCGAACCAUUCUUCAAUUGGAUACCUAUGGAUAAGAACUUCUUACAAAAAUACGUAUCAUGGAUUAUUUCACCUGUUAUUUAUGGAUUUAUCUUUCCUAAAACUGGAUUUUUUAGAUAUAUUGGAUCGAUAGUCAAUAACUACAAACUACAUUGGGAUGAUUUGAUUCCCUUUACAAUGCCUUUAUUAAUGUACACAUUUGGAAGUGUGGGAAUCAUCGAAACUGUGAUAAGAUGGCUGACUAUAAUUUUCGUAUCAAGUGUUAUCCAUGGAACUAUAUCAGUAAAUGGAGGUCAUCAUCAUAAUAAGGUUUUCCAUGACGGUGAUGAACUUAAGUCCCUCGAUUUUGGAGUCUACCAAUUAGCAGCAACAUUUGACCGUUUUGAAUUUCAGAAAAAUUCAUUCGCAGUGCUAACAACAUUUGGACAGCACAUUGGUCACCACAUGUUUCCUACACUUGAUCAUGCUUUACUACCCCAACUCAAUGAUAUCAUCUACGACACAUGCAAAGAAUUUGAAGCAGAUUUAGUUAUGUAUCCAUGGUAUAAACUCUUUAUUGGACAAUUCAUACAACUAACAAGAACAGAUAUAAAUAAAAUUUAACAGUAAGGGCU